AUGGCAGAUGAGGCAAAGCCUCAGUAUGGGGCGACACCCUCGCCAGAUGUCGAGGAGCAUAUGAGUAUAGGCCGCUACAUCUCAACUCGUAUUUCAUCUCUCGUCCCUCCGAUGAACCCAGCCCCCAACCCCUUCAAGGCACUGACACUGCUAAACACAGCCCAAUGGCUUAAUUUCGCGGUUGCAUUCCUAGGCUGGUCCUGGGAUGCGUUCGACUUUUUUACCGUCUCACUCACUGCCUCUGAACUUGCCGAAACAUUCGAUAAAUCCGUCACUGACAUCACAUGGGGAAUUACCCUAGUGCUGAUGCUGCGAUCCGUCGGCGCAAUCACCUUCGGAAUUGCCUCCGAUCGAUGGGGCCGUAAAUGGCCCUUCAUCGUCAACCAGCUGCUUUUCGUGGUCCUCGAGCUCGGCGCUGGUUUCUGCCAAACUUAUAAACAGUUCCUGGCCUGUCGCGCCUUAUUUGGAAUUGCCAUGGGCGGCUUAUACGGUAAUGCGGCUGCUACCGCUCUGGAGGAUUGCCCACCCGAAGCCCGCGGUAUCAUUUCAGGACUCUUACAGCAAGGUUACGCUUUUGGAUAUUUGUUAGCUACGGCUUUCGCCAGAGGUCUCGUCAAUACGACCCCACAUGGCUGGCGACCGCUGUACUGGUUCGCGGCCGGUCCACCAGUCUUGAUUAUUAUUUUCCGGUUGUUCCUAGGUGAAACCGAGACUUUCCGUCGGCGCCAGGAAGCGCGACAGGAAAUGCGCGGAGGUGUCGCGGCGUCGUUCAUGUCAGAAGGGAAGGUCGCACUGAAGCGCCAUUGGCUGUUGCUCGUAUACCUUGUUCUGCUUAUGUCUGGGUUUAACUUCAUGUCGCACGGAUCUCAGGAUCUUUACCCGACAAUGUUGGAGAACCAAUUCAAAUUCUCCAAGAAUGCGGUUACCGUCACACAAGUCGUCGCCAACCUGGGCGCUUUGUCAGGUGGCGUAUUAUGCGGCUGGGCUAGUCAGAUCUUCGGUCGUCGAUUCUCUAUCAUUGUCAUCUCAACCAUCGGCGGCGCCCUUCUCUACCCCUACACAUUUGUCGAAAACAAGAAUGUCAUUGCCGCAGCAUAUUUCGAGCAGUUCAUGGUACAGGGUGCUUGGGGUGUUAUCCCUAUUCAUCUGAUGGAGCUAUCACCAGGACCUAUCCGUACCUUUGCCGUCGGUACUGCUUACCAGCUCGGAAAUCUGGUCUCCUCUGCUAGCUCGACGAUUGAAUCAACUAUCGGUGAACGCUUCCCUCUGCCUCCGACGAAAAAGGCCCCCCACCGAUACGAGUACGGCAAGGUUAUCUGCAUCUUCAUGGGAUGUGUCUAUGCUUAUGUUAUUCUGGUCACAAUUGCUGGGCCGGAGCGUUUGGGUCGUAACUUCGACGCUGAGCAUGAUGCGGAUCUCCAGGAGGUUGCUGCUCACCGUGGCCUUAACACCAAGGAGGAGGACUUGGGGGAUGAUCCUGAAAAGGCUAGAAGUUCAAUUGUGCCAUAG